UCUUCUUAGCCUUUCAUGUGACUGUGCUGAAGAAGUUGAUUCGGUCACCGGGAGGCAGGCAGCCCGCCUCGGCCCGGCGCGUGGGAGGGAGGGGUCUGCCGAGCAUCUCCCUCCGUGCGCCAGAGCAGCGCGAGCAGCCUGUGACGCGGGCGGCCAGCACGAGCAGCACCAGCCACCAGCCGAGCUGGGAAAGAAAAGGUGACGGAUGCGAUGUGAUUGAUGACACUACCCUGGUUCAAAUGGCGAGUUUUGCAACGAGUUACUACGAUCACGUGGAGAAGUGGAGCGAUUUGCUGAACAUGUCUCCGUUCACCAACCACCAAAGUGAGGACGAGGUCAGUGAUCCGUGCGAAAAGUCGCUGUUCGGCGAGCGGUCGUAUGAAACGGGCGUGGAGGUGUCGUGCCGUGGUUCAGCACCACGGCCAGCACCCGGGACGGAGCAGCGGCUCUGCCUCAUCAACCACCGGGAACUUCGGAAACACAAAGCGGCGCACUGGGAGGACGAGACGGAGCAGUCUUUCAGCGGCCACGAUCGGACACAAAGCAGUCCCGCUAGAAACGAGAACCUCGGCUUGAUACAGAACUCAUCCAUCCAACUCCACGAGGAGGACUACCUGGAACUUUUCAUGUUGGCCGACCAAGAACUCGGCUCGGAGAAGUCGGCGGACUACGGGUUUAUAACGGGCGUGCUUUGUCUGGUGACGGGUAUAUCUCUAGUGGGCAUAUCCUACGUGGUCCCGCGAGACGUGAGAGUGGACCCGGACAGCGUGUCCGCGCGGGAGAUGGAGAGGUUGGAGCGGGAGAACGCGAGAGUGGGGGCCCACCUGGACAGAUGCGUGAUAGCGGGGUUAUGCCUCCUCACUCUGGGGGGAGCGGUGCUCGCGAUGUUGCUCAUGGUGUCCAUGUGGAGGUGGGAGUCGAUGAGGAGAAAGGCGUUUGCAUAUUCCAAGCACGCGGCAAAGUUAUACGGCUCCAUCAAUCUAAGAGCAGGGGGGCCAACCCCACUCCGGGAAUCGCCCUCUCAUUUGUCAACGGAUUUAGAAGCGCUCCGUUGAAUUAAUGCGACAGACUAGAGGGUAAAACUCCACCAUAAAAUCCUGCCAAUGAUGUCUUAUUAGUGGGACACUUGGUGAGGUACAAACCAAAAUAAAAGCCCUGUAAAACUAUGUUGGGUAAAACCCAUCGACCCAGGGCUCUGUUUGAAGAUUUGCUGCGUGCAUUGACUUCACAUUUUACCAAACAUGUAUGAUACAAGGCUUUACGUUUUAUUGCAUGAUGCAUUGUGGGUCCUGGAGUAUGUACUUUGUACCCUUGUGGAGAUGGGAAUUUGAUAAACAACAUCGUUUUGCACACCUAUCGAAUAGGCCUACUGUAUGAUGUGUGUACUGUAUAGGCGUGUGCAUUGACCAUGUACAGUUCAACCAUAUCAACCUCCUUUGUACAGGGAAAAUAAAAA